AUGGUCGUCGACGGUCACGUACCUGGGGGUCACCAUCGACAGGUCCCUUACGAUGGUACACCAUGUGGGAACGGCCGUAGCGAAGGCCCACCCAGAACCACCCUUCCCCACCCAGACACGACAUUGCUGCGCAGGAGGCGACUUAAACGCCCCGCGCGGGAGUUGAUUCCAUCUCCCUUGAGCGGGGCCACAGAAUCGCCAGCCCCAAUGGCAGCAGACCAGGACCAACCACCGUCCUCUCGUAGACGCUUAGAGGGGUCCUACCCCGCGGGCCAUCUCGAGGGCGGUCACCAGCCAAUGACCGACCCAUAG